GCAAGGGCUAGGGGGUGCAUGUUGUCUAAAGCCCUCAGAGUGGGCUGGCCCAGGGCCUGUGUUUAUAUGGAAGUUCUCCGUCCUACUCUGAGAGCGAGUCUUGGGCCUAUUUAGGGGGCUGGUGUGUCAGUUUUGGAUAUACCGUGACUAAAGCUGUGCACUAUUAAUCACAAUAGUGCAAAUCUGUCAAAGUGCUGCGAGCCAACACCGGUAUGAUGCCGUUUGGGGGCAUAGCAUCCAAACUCAAGAUCGACCGCCUGAAGGCAUCUGGCGUGGGCUCACAUGAUUGCGCCAUAAAGUACCAGAACCAGGAUUAUGAGAGUCUGAAACAGCAGUGUCUGGAGAGUGGCAUCCUCUUCGAAGAUCCACAUUUCCCAGCCACUCCCUCUUCCUUGGGCUUCAAGGAACUGGGCCCUGGAUCCAGCAAAACUAGGGGAGUGCAAUGGAAGCGACCCUCAGAAAUUGUUGAUGACCCACAGUUUAUUGUUGGUGGAGCAACCAGGACAGACAUAUGCCAGGGGGCACUGGGGGACUGUUGGCUCCUGGCUGCCAUUGGCUCUCUGACGCUGAAUGAGGAUUUGCUGCACAGAGUGGUACCGCAUGGGCAGAGCUUCCAGGAGGAAUAUGCUGGGAUAUUCCACUUCCAGAUCUGGCAGUUUGGUGAGUGGGUCGAUGUGGUGAUAGAUGACCGUUUGCCAGUAAAGGAUGGAGAGCUGGUAUUUGUGCACUCAGCCGAGUGUACUGAGUUCUGGAGUGGUCUACUGGAAAAGGCCUAUGCCAAGCUGAACAGUUCGUAUGAGUCCCUGUCUGGUGGGAGCACCACUGAGGGAUUUGAGGACUUUACCGGAGGAGUUGCAGAAAUGUACGAAUUACGCAAAGCACCUCGAGACUUAGAUAAGAUUAUAAAACGUGCUUUGGAGAGAGGGUCCCUUCUGGGAUGUUCAAUAGAUAUAACAAGUGCCUUUGACAUGGAAGCUGUCACAUUUAAGAAGCUUGUGAAGGGACACGCAUACUCAGUCACUGCUCUCAAAGAGGUUGAUUACAGAGGAGGAAUGGAAAAGCUCAUUCGCAUCAGAAAUCCCUGGGGGCAGGUGGAAUGGACCGGAGCCUGGAGUGAUAAUUCGUCGGAAUGGAAUGAAGUGGACCCUUCAGAGCAGGAGGACUUGCAGCUGAAGAUGGAGGAUGGAGAGUUCUGGAUGUCUUUCCAAGAAUUCCUGCGCCAGUUUUCCCGUCUGGAGAUCUGUAACCUGACCCCGGAUGCUUUGAAUAAAGACGGGCUCGGCAAGUGGCACACCACUCUGUAUGAUGGCACUUGGCGCCGCGGAAGCACCGCCGGGGGCUGCAGGAACAACCCAGCCACAUUUUGGAUCAACCCUCAGUUCAAAAUUACCCUGAUGGAGGAAGAUGAUGACCCUGAUGACAAUGAGUUGGCCUGCAGUUUCCUGGUGGCGCUGAUGCAGAAGAACCGGCGGAAGGAAAUGAAGGCAGGACAAGACACGCACACCAUUGGCUUUGCUGUGUAUGAGGUUCCUGAUGAGUUUAAGGGCUGCCAGAAUGUGCAUCUGAAGAAAGAUUUCUUCCUACGCCACCAAUCCUGUGCCCGCUCUGAAACCUUUAUCAACCUGCGUGAGGUCAGCACGCAGAUCCGCCUGCCCCCUGGGGAGUACAUCAUUGUUCCUUCGACCUUCGAACCCCACAAGGAGGCAGACUUUAUCAUCCGAAUAUUCACUGAGAAACAUUCAGAUACACAGGAGCUGGAUGAGGAGGUAUCUGCAGAUCUUCCUGAUGAGGAGGAACUCACAGAAGACGAUGUGGAUGAUUCAUUCAAGGCCAUGUUCCAGCACCUAGCAGGAGAUGACAUGGAGAUCAGUGUGUUUGAGCUGAAGACAAUCCUGAACCGAGUGGUGGCCAAACACAAAGAUCUGAAGACGGACGGUUUUGGUAUGGAGGCCUGUAGGCAGAUGGUCAAUCUGAUGGAUAAAGAUGGCAGCGGCAAGCUGGGAGUUCUGGAGUUUCAGAUCCUGUGGAACAAAAUUCGGAAUUGGCUCACUGUUUUCCGACAACACGACCUGGAUAAGUCCGGCACCAUCAGCGCCUAUGAGCUGCGCAUAGCCCUGGAGAGUACAGGGUACAAAUUGAAUAACAAGCUUAUUCAGGUCCUGGUCGCUCGCUAUGCGGAUUCCGACAUGGGCAUCGAUUUUGAUAACUUUGUGUGCUGUCUAGUGAAGCUGGAGGCCAUGUUCAGGUUUUUCAAGGCAUUGGACCAAGGCGAUGGCACAGCAGAGAUGAAUCUGGGAGAGUGGCUGACGAUGACCAUGUGCGGAUAAUUGUUUUUUUUGCCUGGAUCCCGCAUUGGACUUUCCCCCUUUGCCCUGUGCCCAUGAUCUCUCACUAUUCUGUCUCCUAAAGGGCUUGGAUCACUAGGACUCACCUCUCACUUGCUGACUACCAAAGUAUGUCCAGGUUACACAUUUCAUAGAGGCCUCUGUGUGGGACAUAGACUCAACCUUCUAGAAUUAGAACCGGCCAAUCAGACUGCUGCAUACAGACAUGCUGAGAGCUGCUCUUAUAAUGUAGGCAAUGCCAAGUGGGCAGCAUUUUAGCAUACUUUUAAGUACUGUAUUCUGGCCCAAAUGCCACAGGGUGCUCCAUGCCUUCUGCUAUCAGACCAGUAUUGUAGCAUUUUUUUAUUAUACAUAAAUAUAGCAGGCCCUCCCUCUUAUGCUGGAGGUAUCUAACCCUUUCAGGGGCCAGUGGACCUGAAUUAACUUCAGCGUAGGGUUAUUAAGCGUGUGGUUUGUUUGUGUGAAGAAGGCUCGUUUACCCAUGAGACAUACUGGGGGCUGAAUAGUGCCAGACUGCAUGUGGAAUAAAGAAUGGAAACUGUGA